AGGGUUAGCAGCGUUAGCUUUAUGGAUGCGUCGAGGUUGAGGACGGUUGUGUUGUCGAGUCUCGGGUCAAUGUUUUAACCGCUGAAGUAACAAUGAGUUCAGUUCAGAAUUUGAGUGGGUUUAUAAACGAGCGACUAACUGCUGCUGCUGAAGAAAUAUUCACAGAGUUUGAAAAAACCAUCGUCCAGUGCGAGGAAGAGAUCGAUCGUCAGCGCAGACUGCUGGAUGUCAUCUGGAAACCACAGAUAACGAUACAGACAACAGACUUCCCACAGCAAUACGUCUGUAAUAAAGAGGACUUUCUCACUGACCAGCAGCCCUGUGACCUGGAAAAGAGCUCCAUUCUGGACCAGAAGGAUCAAGAGCCUCCACAGAUUAAAGAGGAACAGGGGGAGCUUUGCAUCAGUCAACAAGGAGAGCAGUUUCCACUGAAGCAGAAGACGUAUACAUUUAUGCUGGUGCAAUGCAAGUCCAAAUGUGAAGAAAUAUUCGGAGUCUUUGUAAAAACAGUCGUCCAGUAUGAGGAAGAAAUUGACCGUCAGCGCAAACUUCUUAAUAUCAUCCAGAAACCGGAAGUAAAGUUACACAGAAUAGACCUCCCACAACAAGAUGUCCGUAAGGAUGAAGAGGUUCUUGAUGACCGGCAGCUCCGUAAACAGGAGAGCAACUUCAGUCUGGACCAGGAAGAACCAGAGUCUUCACUGAUUAAAGAGGAACAGGAGGUGCUCUGCACCAGUCUGGACCAGGAUGGCCGAGAGUUUCCACAGAUUAAAGAGGAACAGGAGGACCUAUGCACCAGUCGGGAUCUGGAGGACUCAGAGCCUCCACAGAUUAAAGAGGAACAGGACGAACUCUGCACCAGUCAGGAGGGAGAGGUUCUUGUAGUGAAGCUGGAGACUGAUACCUUUAUGGUGACUCCUUCUUGUGAGGAAAGUGACCACAGUGAAACAGAACCAAACAGUGACCAGCUUCUCUCUCACAGCUCUCCUGUAGCUGAGGGCCUAAAUCAGGGAGGAAGCAUGCAUGUAGACACAGGAUCACUUACAAAUGCAGAGUUUCAGCUGAAGCCUAUAAAAUGCGAUGUUUGUGGAAAAGCCUUUAAGGACAAGUACCACUUGAAAAAACAUUACAGAAUCCACACAGGUGACAAGCCAUAUGCUUGUAACACUUGUGGGAAGAGGUUUUAUGAAAUUUAUUUAAUGAAAUAUCAUCAGAGAACUCACACAGGUGAGAAGCCAUAUUCUUGUGAAAUGUGUGGUAAGAGUUUCAGAAAAAGUGGUAAUCUGACUAUCCACAUAAGAACUCAUACAGGUGAGCGACCAUAUCUUUGUAACACCUGUGGCAAAAGAUUUACUGAUUCAUCAACAUUUAAAAAGCAUAAGGCAAUCCACACAGGUGAGAAGCCCUAUUCUUGCAAAAUAUGUGGAAAAGGUCUCUCAAGUAACUCAGUUUUGUUGGUCCAUAUGAGAACCCACACAGGUGAGAAGCCAUACCUCUGCACCACUUGUGGCAAAAGAUUUACAGAUUCGUCAACAUAUAAAAAGCAUGCGGCAAUCCACACAGGUGAGAAGCCCUAUUCUUGCAAAAUAUGUGGAAAAGGUCUCUCAAGUAACUCGGUUUUGCUGGUCCACAUGAGAACCCACACAGGUGAGAAGCCUUACCUUUGCAAAACCUGCAAGAAAACCUUCAGUUCCAUGUCAGCUUUAAAAAAGCACAUGAGAGUCCACACAGGCGAGAAACCAUACCUUUGUAACAUGUGUGGGAAAAGGUUCUCUGACUCAUCAGCAUUUAAAAGGCAUACAGCAAUCCACACAGGUGAGAAGCCCCAUUCUUGUGGAACAUGUGGGAAAAGUUUCACUCACAGGUGAGAAGUCGUAGUCUUGAAUCACCUGUAGGACCUAAGCGUGAAAAUUUGUUCCAGUUCAAAAUAGAUCUUUCAGAUUUUAAGCACCUUUAGACCGUGUUUCAGCAACCAUCCUGUGAGCAUAUUGCAUGUCACACAGUAAGAGAUAACUCCAGAUCGAUCAAAUAUUAGAUCUUGACUGAAAUAGUCCCUUGUAUUUACAGGUUAAUGUCAAACCUUCCUUUGUGAAUGCUUGUGUAGAAUCUGGGUGCUACAAUGUAAAUAGAAAAAAGCCUUAGAGGAGAGGACCUCAAAAAUGUUAUGCAGCAGCAGGAUAGAAGAGUGUUUGUCCUCAUUUGUACACAUUAACAACCUGCUGGUUUAAUCUUAACUUUCUUGAUGAUUCUAUUUGUGAUUUUUGUCUGCCACAAACUCACAACACUGUUGACUGCUCCCCUUAGAUGUUGGAUUUUCUCUGACCUUAGGAUAGACACUACCACUGUCUGGGAAGUCCUCUUUUUAAUGCAGAACCUAGUAAACAUUAACGUGCUCAAGUUUUGCACCUUGGUUUAAUUUUUGGGAGAAAAAGAGCAGCUGGAUUCCCGUGAUCCAAAAAACCUUAGCAAUCACAACAGUGACUGUGGAGCCAAACCAUUCGAUGAUGCUUCUGAGUUUAGCAGAAACCAACUCGAUAAUUUCUGAAUGUUUAAGUUGGGAUUAGAUGCUUGUACAGAAAACUUUAGUUCCAGCAUGUUUUCUUAACAUAUUUUGGUAAAGAAGCCUUUUCCUUGCAGCUUUGUCUUGUUCAGAUAGAUUCAUAUCAAUCUUUUGUCUGUAUGUUAAAUAUAGGUAACUAGUUAGCUUAUCAUAAAGGUGGACAAUGGACCUGCUAAUUAUUUGUGUAAUCUGAAGUGUAAAACCACCACGUGGCUUUAGCAGAUCUGGGAGUACUGUCAGUCUUCUCAGCUAAAAACGCAAACAUAUUUUCUAAAAGGUCAAACUCCUGCUUUCAGAAAGACUCGCACACUGUCUAACUUGCAAAACUACAUUUAUUUGCAAUGCUUUGGUGCUUUAUCAGGUCAAUUAUGAGUAACCCCAGACUGUCUGGAACUGGACAACAAACCUCAACGAAUAUAUGUUUAGCUAAAAAAGGGGAACAUGCAGAUAACAUUUACAGUAUGCAUACAUACAGUAUGUUGUGAAUUGGUGAUAAAUAAACAAAGUGGAAUGGAUUUGAACUGAAUGUUUGAUCCCACAGAGGACCAAUGACAAGAUGUCCUGAUGGGCGUCACUGAAAUGUACAGCUAUGGGAUUAUCAGAAUCAUUCCAGUGUAUUGUGCUUUUAUGCUCACCAAUCUGUUGUUUUAUAUUUCUAGUGGUUUUCCCCCCAACACGUGAUGCACAACCAAUGACGCUGUUGUUGGAAAAUAUAUUAUUUGUAUGUGUAUUAGGUUUAAUGGUAUUAUUGCACUGUGCACAGCAGUAGUUUCCAUUUGGAAGAGGGUGUAAGCAUGUCUGUGUUACUUGACUGGAUUUCUCCUUCUGGUCAAAAUAGGCACAGACUAAGUGAUGCCUUAUAUUUCCCCCCUGGACUUAAAGAUGUACCACUGUUUUUUUUUUUUUUUUUUUUUUGUUUUUUUUUAAUGGACAGAGUAAAUCAGAGCACAUUUUUCUAAAGGCCAACUCCUGUGCUUGGAUAUUUCACGGUGAUAGCUACCCCUACUGAGCAAAUAUAAUCUCCACAGUUUACUUUUUAAGGGUGUAGAGUAAAAGCUUGUGUUUAUUAGUGUCCCUCCGUAGAAGUUUUAUAAUGAUAUAUCUCUUGUGUUUUUUAUGACCCAUGUCAUCCACAUGAAACUCACAUUAUAGUUUGAUGCAACUUUGAAACAUAUGUUUUGUGACACCAGUCCUGGAACGCCUCCGACUCACCUCGCAUAUGUAAUGCAAUUACUGUUUGGUGAUGAAUUGGUUGCUUUCAGAACUGCUCAAUAAAUCUGAUAAUUCAUCCAAGCCUCCAUUUAAAAGCUACAUUUGGAACUGGUCGUCCUUCUCCUGCACAUCUGCUACAUGUUGCCAACAAAUAAUUUCUCCGUAUCUCCAUGUUGCUCUUAAAAAGGCAACAAGUGAUGUUUUUGGACAAACUCAUCUUCAUCAGGCCUGAAAAUUUGUGAAUUUUGUACAAAAAGAACUGCUUUACAUUUUGUGUAUUCACUUUGUCUGCAUUUAUUUUCACGUAAAGCUUCAUAUUUGACAUUAAAAAUCUCUUAGUUUGAA